UUCGCAAGAGAUAUAGAUUCGCAUUAAUGAUAAUUACGGACAAUUAGAAACUUGAUUUUUGGAGGAAAAAAAAGAAAAGAAAAAUCACAUCAAACACAAAUACGAAUCGUUCGUCCUCUAAUUCUGAUUGCAAUCAAAUAAAGCGUAUCUUUUGAUAUCUCGCCGGAAAGAUGGACGCCGGAGGUACGGUCUCGCGGCGGACAAGGAGCCAGUUGGACGCCUACUACAGGCGCCUCCACGACACCAUCAAGAAUCCCGACGGCGGCGGCACCACCAUCAAAGGCAUUCAAGAAUCUGAGAUUCGUGUAGAUGAUGAUGACGAUGACGAGAUGAAGAAGAAGCGCAAAUACAAAGCGGGAAGCAAGAAAAGGGCUCGGAAGCUUGAUUUGGAUUUUGGUGAUGCGAGAGAGAAUGAAGAAAGUGGUCUGCCUUUGAAGUUCAAGUUGGAUGAUGAGCAGUCGCCCAAAACUGAGUCGGAGAUGGAAAUCGAUCGUCUCUUUGAUGAUUUAGAACUCGGACUUUGGGAAUCCACACGCACGACUGAUUUUGAUGAAUGCAGCGAUGUGGAUCAAUCUCCAGCCGCCCGAUGCAGCCGGAACGAUCACGAUGAAUUUCUUGAUGAGCAAAUCGGCAUCGUAUGCAGAUUUUGCCAUACUCUCUUACUCCACAUCAAAUACGUCUUCCCGCCUUUUUGUGUGGAAUCCCCAGAGCAGAGCGAAUGGAAUUGCAGUAGUUUGGAAGAAGAAUCCAAGAAUGUUGAUGAUGAUGAUGAGUUUAAGAUGAGCUCAGAUUGUGGGAAUUUGGAGUGGUAUAGUAGUAGUGAUAUUCCUUCAAGAGGCACAGUUUUUGAUCUGAUUCCCAGCUCCGACAAAGAGGAGCUGUAUCCGCAUCAGUUGGAAGGAUUCGAGUUCAUAUGGAGGAACAUAGCCGGAGACAUCCACCUCAACAAUAUCCUCCGGGGCGGGGCCGGGGCCGGGGGCGGGUGCAUAAUCUCCCAUGCCCCCGGCACGGGCAAGACCCGCCUCACCAUCGUCUUCCUCCAGACGCUGAUGAGGCUGUACCCCAAGUGCCGCCCCCUCAUCAUCGCCCCCCGUGGCAUGCUCCUCACCUGGGAGCACGAGCUCAAGUUGUGGAAGGCCGGGAUCCCCUUCCACAACUUGAACGAGGCUGCGGGCCACGCCAGAUCGCUCAAGAUCCUCUCCUGGGUCAAAGGGGGCAGCAUCCUCGGAGCCAGCUACCGCCUCUUCGAGGAGCUGGCCCGCUGCAAGGACAGAUUCGAGCAGACACUGCUCGAAUCCCCCAGCCUCGUCGUGCUGGACGAGGGCCACACGCCUAGAAACGAUCACACCUUGAUCUGGAAGGCCCUCACCAGGCUGGCCACGCGGCGCCGCAUCAUCCUCUCCGGCACGCCCUUCCAGAACAACUUCGACGAGCUCUACAACACCCUCUCCCUCGUCAACCCGCGAUUCAUCAUGAAAUCGCGGAGAGGCAGAGGGAGGAAAAGGAAGCAGAUGAAUGAGUGGGACAGUCUGACGAGAGAUGAUCAAGGGAUCAAGAAGCUAAGAGCAAUGAUCCAACCCUUUGUCCACAUACACAAAGGCACCAUCCUACACGAGACCCUCCCAGGCCUCAAAGACUCCCUCAUCAUACUAAAACCAACUCCCCUGCAGCAGAAGCUUCUAGAACAAAACAUAGCCCGCAACCCCAACUUUCUAGAACAAUCCCACCUCGCCUCCCUCAUCUCCGUCCACCCCUCCCUCGUCGCCCAAGUGGCUGCCUUCGCGAACCACAAGAGUAAGCUCAAGUCGCUCCAAUCAGACCCCAACGCGGGGGUGAAAACGCGCUUCUUGAUCAACCUCAUCGAGAUCUCAUCAAGAAUCCAUGAGAAAGUCCUCAUCUUCAGCGAGUUCAUCAAGCCAUUGCUCCACAUCAAGAAGCUUCUAGAAUGCCAUUUGGGCUACAAGCAAGGGCGCGAGGUGAUGUACAUUGACGGCGACCUGAGCAUGACGCAGAGGCAGAGGUUGAUCACCAACUUCAACGAUAAGAAUGGGAGGGCCAAGGUGCUGCUGGCCUCGCAGAGGGCCUGCUGCGAGGGGAUAAGCCUAGUCGGGGCUUCAAGAGUCGUCUUGCUCGACGUCUCGUGGAACCCCUCGGUGGAGAGGCAGGCCGUGUGCAGGGCAUACAGGCUAGGGCAGGAGAAGAUGGUUUAUGUCUACCAUUUGAUCACGUUGAUGGAGGCCAACAAGUAUGCUAGGCAGACGGAGAAGGAUCGGAUUUCGGAGCUCGUUUUUAGCGAGGGGGAGAGAGCUUCCGCUUCCUGUGGCGGGGGGGUGUGUGAAGAUAAAGUGCUGGAAGCCAUGGUUCAUCAUCAAGGUUGUGGAGCCAUGUUUGAGAGGAUUGUUCAUCAGCCUAAGGACUCUGAUUUGGUCAAGACUUUUGGCUUUGUGGAUUAUCUUGAUUCUUCAACUUUUUAAAUUGCAAGUUUGGAUUGUAUAUGGAUUGAUUGAUUGAUCACUUGUUCAAAGUGUUUCAAUAGAAAGUUGCUAUCAAAUGUGGUUAAAAGCGAUUAGUUUGUUUCUAGCUAGUUAAGGUGUAAAGAUUUGAUUUUGAGUUUUUCGAACGUUUGUUAGUUUUGAAAUGUUUUGUUUUUAAUAAUCCAACUUCCAUUGAUUCUA